AUGGCCGCUCUUGGUCACGGCAUAUUAACAGUGAAUUGGGUUUCUGUGGCGGAUUUUCAGUUGCAUAUUCGUUUAUGUCGAGCGAUAAGAGCAACAAUAUUGAUGAACCAAAAGUGCAAAGUAUGCGGUGAGCCGGCGGCCGGAUUCCAUUUUGGAGCAUUUACUUGUGAAGGAUGCAAGUCAUUCUUCGGCCGGUCAUACAACAACCUGAACUCCAUCACAGAGUGCAAGAACAACGGCGAGUGCGUCAUCAACAAAAAGAACAGAACAGCAUGCAAGGCGUGUCGACUCCGCAAGUGCCUUAUGGUUGGCAUGUCUAAGUCCGGCUCCAGAUACGGCCGCCGUUCUAACUGGUUCAAGAUUCACUGCCUCCUUCAGGAACAGCAGCAAGCUGCUCAGUCCCACUCACCUCCAAGGGUACCAACGUCCCAGCACCAUAUGGCACCUCCAUUUCCCCCGCAUCUCUUUCCCGGCCUUGCAAGGCCCAGAACAAAAGAAGAACUGGCUCUACUUGGUCUUGACGACUACAAACCACCUUGUUCCGCUUCUCCAGAUUCCCACAAAAGUGGCUCAUCGCCAAAAUUAGAUGAGAAAUCUAGACUUACACAGUCCAGACCGCCAGACAGACCGCUGACACCUCCUCGAGAUGCUUUUGUUCCAAUGCCACUAGCCAACCUUUCCUUGCCCCAUUUUCACCAUUCGCCUUUCUUACCACCGCCCCCGUUCAGCCCAUUCGCCCCGAACCACCCGCUAUUGUUUCCACCUGGCUUUCACCCAUUAUAUUCGAGACAUCUUCUUGACCACGCUGCAUUAAGGCAAAUGGCUGAAAACAACAAUGACGUCAGAAUUGAUGAUCACAACGCGGAUUCAUCAAAGCGUUUCUUCCUUGAUGAGAUUUUAAAACAGCAACGAUCUGCGCAACCUGCCGCCCAAGAGGACGUAAUCUCUGAAACAGACUUUGUUCCAACACCACCCGCUGAGAGAAGAACUUCAGAAUCACCACUGCAGGAGAAUCCAAUGGACUUAUCAGUGAAGUCUGAUGGUCGGUCAAGUUCAGCACGGCGGAGGUCUGACGAUAGCGAGGUUAUAGUACCAGAUAACGAAGACGGAGACUCAGCCAGUGGGGUGGGGUCGGUGAGCGAGGAGGAAGACGUGUCAUACUCACAAAUAAAGAGGAUCAAACUGCACCCUCUAGACCUUACCACCAAAGUGUGA